GGACGCGGAGCCGAGAGGGUGAGCCUGCGGCCACUGCGCUGACCGUGACCAGGGAGAGGUCCCCGCCCCCUGCCCGUCACCUCCAGCUCGCAUCUCUGGGCUCCCGCCUCGUGGCAGCUCGUGAUCGAGAUUCGGAAGGUUUUUGGACCCUUCAAAAUCUAUCCAAGGACCUGUUGCUGGUUCAUGGAACUUAGCCCUGUCUCCCAAAGGGGUAAGGACCAGGGGAUGGCAGAUGAACUCCUUCCACCCAGGUCUCAGGGCAGAAGAAUGGUAAGAGCUAGGCAAUAGGAGUUGCGUGAAUUGUCCAGGACUACACAGCUAGAAAGUGUGAGGGCCAAACACUGGGCUGCUGCAAGAAUAUAUUUCAGGCGUCUAUGAUGUUUGAAGAUGUAGCUGUGUACCUCACCAGAGAGGAGUGGAGUCAUCUGGGUCCUGCCCAAAGAAACCUCUACAGGGAUGUGAUGCUGGAGAAUUAUGGGAACGUGGUCUCUCUGGGAUUUCCAGUAUCCAAACCAAAUGUGAUUGCCCAGUUAGAAAGAGGGGAAGAGCCAUGGAUCCUAGAUAUUCAGGAAGCUGAGGGGAAAGAGAUGCUGAGAGGUGACUAUUCAGAUUGUGAAUCAAGGGCUGAGAAAAAUGAACUAUCUCCAAAGCAGGAAAUUUUUGAAGAGGUGGAACCACAAUGGACAAUAUUGGAAAGACUCACAGGGAAUAUUUCUCAAGGAUCCAAAUGGGGAGAAGUUUGUGAAUAUGAAGGAAGACCAAAGGAAAAUUGGGAAUCCUCUGUAGGGAAGAAGCUUCUUUCUCAUGGGGGCAGUUUUAGGACAGUUCCAGUGAUCCACCAGCUAUCAACAACAGGAAUGAGAAGCCAAGAAUGUAAUGAAUUUGGAAGAAACUUCAGGCUGACUUCUAACCCUGUUCGAUUUCAGAGAGAUCUUUCAGGAGAGAGUAUACAGCAGUGGGAUGAAAUGGACCAAAGAUUCAAACAAAAUUCAAGUUUAAUUAAAUAUCAGAAAGACUAUGCAAAAGAUAAAACUUGUGAUAAUUCCAUAUAUUGGAAACAAUUUGGACAGAGCUCAAAUCUUAUUGAACAUCAAAAAAAUCACACUAGAGAGGAAAAUUAUGAGUAUAAUGAAUAUGGAAAACACUUUAUCAAAAGGUCCUUGCUUAUACAAAAUCAGGGAAUUCAUACAGGAGCAAAAACAUAUGAGUGUAGUGAAUGUGGAAAUACUUACAGUAAGAAGUCUCUUCUUAAUGAUCAUCAGAAGAUUCACAAUGCAGGGAAACAUUACCAGUGUAACGUAUGUGGAAAAGCCUACAAUAAGAAGUCAACAUUUGUUGAUCAUCAAAAAAUUCACACUGGAGAAAAACCCUAUGAGUGUAGUGAAUGUCAUAAGUGCUUUAUCAGAAAGUCUUUGCUUAUUCGACAUCAGAGAAUUCACACAGGAGAGAAACCAUAUGAAUGUACUGAAUGUGGGAAAGCCUGCAGUCAAAAGUCUGCCCUUCUUGAUCAUCAAAGACUUCACACAGGUGAGAAACCUUAUGAGUGCAGUGAAUGUGGCAAGCACUAUAUUAGAAAGGCUUUGCUUAUUGAACACCAGAGAAUUCACACAGGAGAAAAACCCUAUAAGUGUAAUGAAUGUGGGAAAGCCUAUAGAAAGAAGUCUACUCUUGUAGAUCAUCAGAGACUUCAUACUGGAGAGAGAUCCUAUGAAUGUAAUGAAUGUGGAAAAAUCUUCACCCAAAGCCUAAAUUUCAUUCAACAUCAGAGAAUUCACACAGGAGAGAAACCCUAUCAGUGUAGUGAUUGUGGGAAACCAUUCAGUCAUAGAUCUGCCCUUAUUCAACAUCAGAGAAUUCAUACUGGAGAGAAACCCUAUGAGUGUAAUGAAUGUGGUAAAGCCUACUGGAGAAAGUCUACCCUUAUUGAUCAUCAAAGGCUUCAUACUGGAGAGAUACCUUAUAAAUGUAGUACAUGUGGGAAGGCUUUCAGGCAUAGGCCAUCUUUUAUUGAACAUCAGAAAUUACAUAAUGGAGGCAAACAUCAUGAGUGUAAUGAAUGCAAAAAACAAUUCAGUACACGGGCAUCUCUUAUUCAACAUCAGAGACUUCAUACUGGAGAGAAACCUCAUGAAUGUAAUGAAUGUGGAAAAGCUUUCAGUCAGAAGUCUACACUUAUUGAUCACCAGAGACGUCAUAGUGGGGAGAAACCCUAUGAGUGUAGUGAAUGUGGCAAAUGCUUUAUCAGAAGAGCUUUCCUUAUUCAGCACCAGAGAGUUCACACAGGAGAGAAACCCUAUGAGUGUAAGGAAUGUGGGAAAGCCUAUAGAAAGAAGUCUACCCUUACUAGUCAUCAGAAAAUUCACACUGAAAAGAAACAAGAAUUAAUUAAUAUUGAAAAGCCAUCAGUCUUGAAGCCUACUCUUGUUGAUCACCAGUGAUUUCACAUUGGAGAGAAGCCCCAUGAAUUUAACAGUGUAAAUGGUAUAUUAAAAGGACUUUGCUCAUUCAUCAGAGAAUUCGUGUAAAAAACAUGAAAAAAUUAAUGUAGUAAACACUUAAAGAACUUUGCCAGAGAGAAUUCCUAUGAUCAUGGAAUGUGGGAAAACUUUCAGUUAGAAUUUAAAUUUCAUUAGACAUAAAAUAAUUCUCACAGGAGAGAAAGCCAAUGUGUAUAUGAGAGAAAUCUAAUACAUGCCUGAAGGUGGGAAAUCCUUAAGUGACUGCAUACUCUCUUCAUCAUUUGAAAAUUCAUAAUGAAGAGAACUAUUUGAGAUAGUAAAUGUGAGAGACUUUAACCUUCAGUCAAAACUUCCUUUUGUUCAACAUCAUAGAAUUCCUACUGGAGAGAAAUGUUAUGUGUGCUGUGGAUCUGGGGAGGCCUUCAGGCCCAAACUGUCCUUGAACUCCAGCCAAUACAUACUUUCAUAGAUUUUUGGUUACAUCUUCUAAUGCAGACUUAUACUCUCCCAUGCCUUUUCAUCUAUGUUCUCCCAUAAAUUUCUCAAAGAGCCACCCACUGUGCUGGAGGCCUUCCUUUGAUUCUUUUAUUAUCUUCAGGAUACCAAAUGUGCCACUCAGUGUGCUUCUUCUUUUUUUUCUUUCUCAUUCUCACUACAUGACUAACUCACCUUCAUUUCCAGGCAUACAUGUCUUCCAUUAUAUUGUUUAUACUACUUCUCCAGUGUAAACAUCAUUGGCAAUAUGCUGCUAUCAUAAGUUUAUUACCUUUUGGCUCAUUUAUAACUUGGAAUUUAGUUAGAUUGUGGUGUUCUAUGUUUUGAAGCCACAUAGUGUCUAGAAUAUUGGUUUUUGAAGAAAUAGAUUUUUGUAAUGAAAAGCAGUUGGGUUUAUUGAAAGUAGUUGCGGUUUCUCAAAUAUAUUCCAAUCCAGUGAUAUCCCUGUCUGCUACUUAAAUACACACACACAUAAAUGUAUUAUGUAUAUAUUUAUAUCUCUGUGAAGGUGUGUAUAUACAUAUAUAUACAUAAAUAAAAACAUUUCGACUAACUUGAUGCCUUGCCCAUCUCACUGCAUGUCAUAGUCUAUAUAAUAUGUUUUUAAUACAUUUCAUUUUUGAGGGGUUUAGAUGGUUAAUUUUCUGUUGUUGUUGCUGUAGACUUAACUGAGGAAGCUUUAUAAAGCCUUAUGAGGUUCUAUGUAAUUAGUAGAGAAACAUACUAAGAUUGUAAUGAAUGUGAAAAAAACUUUCUCUGUGUUCUCGCCCAAAAUUCAGUAUCAUAAGAUUUACAUUAAAGAGAAACUUGGUGAAUAUAGAGAAUUUGAAAAAACCUUCAGUUGGUGUAUAAAUCUAAUUCCAUGAUAGUAUUUAUACAGGUGAGAAAUCCUAAUGAAUGUCACACAACCUUUGCUCUCAGUGUAUGGAACAACAAAGACUUGAGAAAGCUUAUGAAAAUGAAAUAAAUGUGAGAAAGCUCUUCCUCAGACCAAUUCUUAUUAAAUAUGUAAGAACUUAGAAAUAGGAAAUGCAUGAAUAUAAUGGUUGAGGCAAGCACUUUCUUCAGUUCUCCAACUGUAUUUGGCAUCAGAGGAUAUUUGAGGGAAGUCCUAUGAAAAAGAUGAAAUUCAUGAUUUGCAUAGUAGUUAAACUAAAUCAUAAACUCUUAGAAGAGACUUCAAAAGGCAUCUGGUUCAACAAAUGAGAAUCCAUUCUGUAACAUCUUGUUUUAAAUUCUUACUUUCUGCAUUAGAAUUGAUACAAGUAUUGGUUCCAAUGCAGAAAAGCAGUAAUGGCUAGGCAAUUGGGGUUAAGUGACUUACCUAGGGUUAUUCAGCUAGGAAGUAUCUGAAGUCAGAUUGGAACCCAGAUCCUCCCAACUCUAGGCCUGGUUCUCAAUCCACUGAGUCACCUAGCUUCUCCCUUCUAUAGCAUCUUUAAUAAGUGAUCAUCCAGUCUCCCUCGGAGCUCUUCUGUAAUAGGAAACUAAUGAUAUCCUGAAGUAUACAUGUUCUGCUUCUGGAUCAUUCUAAUUACUAGUUAGUUUUUAUUUAUAUUCAACCUAAAUAUUUUCAGCUUCCUAGCAUUGAUUCUAGUUUUUCUUUCUGAAACCAAGUAGAACAAAUCUAAUUCCUCUUCCACAAGCCAGAUCUUCAAAGAAUUAAAAAAAAUCUUUACCUUCUGUCUUAGAAUCAAUACUAUAUAUUGGUUCCAAGGCAGAAAAGCAGUAAGGGCGAGGCAAUGGGGGUCAAGUGACUUGACCAGAGUUAUACAGCUAGGAAGUGUCUAAGGCUAAAUUUGAAUCUAGUACCUCCUAUCUCUAGGCCUGGCUCUCAAUCCAUUGAGUCAGAUAGCUGCUCUCAGAUCUUCAAAUAAUUAAAGACCACUAUUCUGUCUCUGCUGUCUGAACCUUUUGAAUUUAUAUUUGUAUCACAUCUCAAAUUCCCUCACCAUUUUAUUCAUUCUCUUGUGUGUAUGUAUUUUGAGUUAAUGUCCUUUCCAAAACUUGGCACUUAAGACUGAAUGUAGCACCACAGAAGACAUCCAGACUAUCUCAUCCCUCAUUCUGAACACUAUGCUUAUAUCAGUGAAGUCCAAGAUAAUGCUAGCUUUUUUGGUAUUUGUGUCCUGUCAUUGAUUCAUAUAGAGAUUUCAUUCUACAAAAAAAAAAAAAAAACUUGGAUUCUUUUUUGGUUGUUGUAUAGGUACAUCUUCCCAAUUCUGUACUUUUGAAGUUGAUUUCUUAAACUCAGAUAUAGGUCUUUACAUUUAUUCCUAUUAAAUUUUGUCCCAUCAGAUUUGUCCCAUUA